UACUCGAGGAGAGAAACUUCUCCUCUGAACAUCUGGAAACUUGUGGAGCUGCUCAAAGGGAUGCGAUUUCAUUUUUAAACAAAUUCAGAAGUACUUUUAAACUCUUUUAAAAAGAGGAGAAGCCACCGUGAAACUGACCGGAUCCUGAACUUCACUGCAGUUAUUACCUCACAGGAAAUGCUGUGUUUAGGAGAUUCCACUGACUGCCUCCGGGACCAGGUGCAGUACAUGAUGAGAUCCUUGCAGGACCUGAAGCAGAUAAGCAGGCCAAGGCCCCUGAGUGAACCGUGUGUCCGGUCCCUAGCCGCAUCGCGCCUAUGCAAGCAAAGAGCCCGGCAGGAGCGACUUUCAAAACUACGGGUAUCUGAUGCCAGCACAUAUGACUCUGCCUGCUGCCUGGCCGGCCCACUGGAAGAGGAGGAUGAGCAGCAGGAGCAUGAACGACUGGCACAGGGCUCUCCCAGCAGUGAGAAGAGUGUGGACUUUGACUCGGGUUACUCUGAGGCUUCUUGGCACGAUGAAGGAGUGGUGUUGAGGAGGACCAGAAACGUGCGAGUCUCCUCCUCGGCCUGCCUCCGCACAAACAGAGGACCCUCUUCCCGCAUCCGUCCUAAAUCCACCUCGGACGCUUGCCUGGAGCGCUGGACCUCGUUUGAGGCCAGCGACCAGGAGGACUGGACGACCUCGCUGCUGAGUCGCAGCAGGAACAGGCAGCCCCUCGUUCUGGGUGACAACAGCUUUGCGGACCUCAUAAAGAACUGGAUGGACCUUCCAGAGUGUCCCGAGCCAACGCAAAUGAAACCGAGGCGCCACGCCAAAGACAUUUUGGACAACAUGCGCAAGAGACUGUCAGGGAUGUCUAAAGGUGUGGAGGUGAAGCCACGGCCUGCAGACUCUUCCAGGUUGAGCCGAGCUGCAGAGGCUCCCAAGAGGAUGUCCUGCCCUGUGGGAGUCCAGUCUCUCAAACCUUUCUUUCACCAGUCCCACACAGGACUGCAUCAACUGGACUCUGACUUCUACAAGUUCACCGCUCUCAUGAAGACGGGCAGCCGACAACCCAUCAUAUGCAAUGACAUCAUUGGAUACAUUUGAGCAAGACUGUACCUACGGACUACUACUUAAACAGAAAUUAAAAUAAGAUGCUUCUAUUUUCUUAACUUGUAUUUGACCAUAAUGUUGA